AUGACCGAUGUCGGAGAAGUUGCCGCCAUGGACUGCGUUUACAAGAACCCAAACGAAGCCGUGGAAGCUCGGAUUCAAGACCUUCUAAAGAGGAUGACAGUUGAGGAGAAGAUCGGUCAGAUGACUCAGAUCCACCGCGGCGUCUGCUCGGCCGCCGUCAUCAAAGAUUUCUCCAUCGGCAGCGUAUGCAACUCCGCCGGGAAAUCGGGGAAUGAUGUUUUGUCAGUGGAGUGGGCGGAGAUGAUCGACGGCUUUCAGACGGCGGCGCUCGAGACUCGUCUCGCCAUACCAAUCAUCUACGGCUUGGAUGCUGUUCACGGCAACAACAAAUUGUACGGCACCACCAUUUUUCCUCACAAUAUUGGCCUUGGCGCCACCAGAGACGCAGAUUUGGCUAGAAGAAUUGGUUCCGCGACUGCUUUGGAAGUUAGGGCAAGUGGGGCUCACUGGGUAUUUGCUCCAUGUGUGGCUGUGUGCAAAGAUCCGAGAUGGGGAAGAUGUUUCGAGAGCUACAGCGAAGACACCGACGUUGUAUGCAACAUGACAUCCUUUGUUUCCGGUCUACAAGGAACUCCAGCGCAAGGACAUCCCGCCGGUUACCCUUUCCUUGCCGGAAGACAAAACGUGGUUGCAUGUGCAAAGCACUUUGUUGGAGAUGGCGGUACAGAAAAAGGUAAGAACGAAGGAGACACAGUGGCUUCAUACGAAGACUUGGAGAGAACCCAUAUGGCUCCUUAUUUGAAAUGCCUUGCUCAAGGAGUCUCAGCGGUUAUGCCUUCUUAUUCACGUUGGAACGGACGGAAACUCCAUGCAGACCGUUUUCUCUUGACAGAGAUACUCAAAGACAAACUCGGUUUCAAGGGAUGUUUGGUUUCAGAUUGGGCGGGAAUUGACAAGAUGGGUGAACCACGUGGUUCCAACUACCGUGAAUGUGUGGAAGCUGCUAUUAACGCUGGAAUGGACAUGGUCAUGGUUCCUUAUACGUAUGAGAAGUUCAUCAAUGAUCUAACAUCUCUGGUGAAGUCCGGAGAAAUACCUAUGUCAAGGAUUGAUGAUGCAGUUGAGAGAGUUUUGAGAAUGAAGUUCACAGCUGGUGUUUUCGAACAUCCUUUCUCUGACAGAUCGUUGUUGAAGUUUGUCGGCUGCAAGGAACACAGAGAGAUAGCACGUGAAGCGGUGAGGAAAUCUUUAGUUCUGUUAAAGAAUGGGAGAGAUUCGCAGAAACCGUUUCUUCCGCUAGAUCGAAACGCCAAAAAGGUUUUGGUGGCCGGAACUCACGCAGACGAUCUUGGGUUUCAAUGCGGUGGUUGGACCAAAACUUGGCAGGGUAUGAGUGGUCGGACCACAAUUGGAACAACGGUCUUAGAUUCGGUUAAAGCGAUCGUAGGAGAUGAAACGGAAGUGGUUUACGAGAAAUCUCCUUCAGAGGAGACUUUGGCAAGCACCGAUUUCUCUUACGCCAUCGUUGCCGUUGGGGAAGCUCCCUAUGCGGAGUCUAGAGGCGAUGAUCCUGAGCCGUCGAUACAUUUCGAUGGGGCUGAGGUAAUGAGACUAGUGGCUGAGAAGAUCCCGACGGUGGUGAUACUGAUGACGGGACGACCGGUAGUUUUGGAGCCGACGGUGUUGGAGAAGGUGGAAGCUUUGGUGGCGGCUUGGUUGCCCGGAACCGAAGGAGAUGGGAUCACUGAUGUGGUGUUCGGAGAUUACGAUUUCCAUGGGAAGUUGCCAGUUUCUUGGUUUAGAACGACGGAGCAGUUGCCGAUGAACCCGGAAGCUGAUGGGUAUGAUCCGUUGUUCCCGUUUGGGUUUGGGCUAAAAUGUAAGAAAGAAUAA